ACGGUCCAUAUACUUACACUUAGAGAUAAGAACUGUGUUGGUAUAUGUAAUAAACUUCAAUAUAUAUGUACUUACUUUAGUUUUUCAUUUUGUUAUCUACGUGACAGGACACGUAAAAGUAAUAUUUUAAAUUAUUCGUUUAUAUUUUUACAAAUAUAAUAUUAAAUUUUUAGUCUUUGUCAUUCUCUAGUGAUAAUUCAAGUUUUAAAUAGAUUUAUGUGGAUUGUUUUAUAAAAUCACUAAUUUGUUAACUGUAUGGACAAAUCAAUUUUUCAGAGUUAAUGUAUAUAAAGUAUAUUAUGCCUAUGAUAGUUUCAAGGUCUUGUCGUUUGUGUUAGAAAAAAAUAAAACAUUGUAUCAAUAGGAACAUAUUCAUAAAUUUAAUAGAAAUGUCAUUUGAAGGAAAAUAUAACACCAAAAGCCCAGCUGUCAAGAGGUUGAUGCGAGAAGCUCAAGAACUUAAUGAAGCUACUGAUGAGUAUCACGCCUCGCCUUUAGAAGAUAAUUUAUUUGAAUGGCACUUUACUGUACGCGGACCACCAUCGACUGAUUUUGAGGAUGGAGUUUAUCAUGGAAGAAUUAUUCUACCACCGGAAUAUCCUAUGAAACCACCAAAUAUUAUUUUACUUACUCCGAAUGGGAGAUUUGAAGUUCUGAGAAAAAUAUGUCUAAGUAUUUCUGGACAUCAUCCAGAAACUUGGCAACCAUCUUGGAGUAUUAGAACAGCUUUAUUGGCUCUUAUUGCUUUCAUGCCAACUCCAGGAAAUGAUACCAUUGGUUCAUUGGAUUAUACUGCUGAAGAACGACAAAAACUUGCUAAAAAAUCGCAGAGCUGGGAAUGUAAUAUUUGUGGAAAAAUUGUAGAUUUAUUAUCCAAAGAAGAUUCAUCAAAAUGUAACAAAACUAAGGAUAAACCCAUGUUUAAUUCUGUAAAUACAUUAAAAGAUGAAGAGACUCCAUCAUCAUCAUCUAAUGCUACAAGAACAGCUAUUAGAGAAAGUCUAAGGCAACGUUUAAUUGACCCAAAUCGUUUAGGAAAUCCUGCACAUCAAACAAAUUCUGUCAAUCAACAAUUUUCAAAUUUAUCGUCUAACGAUUUCUUUUGGACUAUCAUAAUUGUUUUUUUGGUAUCAGCUAUUGUAUUCCUUGUUUUCCGACGAACAUUUUUAAAAUUUUAAACAUAAAAUAUACUAAAAUUUAACUAAUUAAUAUAACAAAAUGUAAAAAUGUUACCAUGUUGGAAAAUAUCUUUUUGUUUUUAUUCGUUUUGACUUUGGCAAAGACGUGAAUAAUUUUA